AUGGCACCUCUCCUCAGAGCUCGGCAGAGCCUCUCUAAGGAGAGGCUUCCUAGCUAUUUUGCCUCUCUGAAGAGCCAGCCGUAUCAUGACCCAAAUCUAUCUACGAGACCUAGCGCGUCUGGGUCUGUUACCGGUAUCAGGUCUAUUGCAUGGAACCCUCUAGGCAGCCUUGUCGCAACUGGCUCCGCCGACAGGAUUCUUCGAGUCUGGAACCCAGAGAAGCCGAAUGUGCGUUUCUCAACAGAACUCAAGGGACACCAGGCGCCCAUUGAGCAGGUUGCAUUCAACCCCGUCAAGGAUGCCGAGCUAUGCAGCGUCAGCAACGAUGGGGUGGUCAAGUUCUGGGAUGUCCGCACCAAAGCCUGCAUCAACGAGGUCAAGGGUCUUGGCGAGGCUUUCACCCUCGCCUGGGCGCCUGAUGGGCAAAGUCUUGUCGUUGGCAAUAAGAAUAACAACGUGUUUGUGCUUUCGCCCACUCAGUCCACGCCUCUCUCCUCCCACCAGCAGUCGGUAGAGACAAAUCAGAUCGCUUUCUGCUGGAGCGGUGAAAAGGUUUUCGUCGCGACGGGCGAUGGCAAGGUUCGGGUCCUCUCGUACCCUGACUUUGAGCCUGUCCUUCGAGUUCCCUACACCACUGAGGAAGGAGAGUCAGAAGAGUUCACGCUCAACGGGCACACGUCAACAUGUCAUUCUGUGGCGGUGAACCCGACGGGCCGGUACGUCGCGUCCGGAGGCGCCGAUUCAGUCAUUGCCUUGUGGGACACAACGGAUUGGAUCUGCCAGCGAACCAUUACCAGCCUGGUUGGACCAGUCAAGAGCAUCAGCUUCACUUUCGACGGCAGUUAUGUCGUUGGUGGUAUUGCUGAGGAAUCGGGGUUGGAGAUCAGCCAUACGGAGAGCGGCGAGCAUGUUCACAGCCUUAAGACGGCCGGGGUUUGUCCGGUCGUUGCCUGGGCGCCGACCAGAUAUUGCUUGGCGUACAGCGAUGCGGGCUCAUUGCGCAUUAUUGGCGUUGAUACGGAUAGGAAAUGA